AUAUACCACCACCACACCUCCCCACCCUCCAUUGUUGAUUCGUAAUUUUACAAUCUCCCCACAAUAUAUAUGCAUCGGCCUCCCCUAAAAGGAGGGGAACUUAAUGGGCGGUUGCUACGUUGGAUUUGAUGAAUUUUUCCCAAACAUUCGGCCAUCACCAAUUUUGAAGGGUACGCUUGGUCAAAAAAAAAAGAGAAAAGGUGCUGAGAAGCAACAAUACUCAGUGGAGAAAGUAGCCGCCGAACAUCUACUAUGGGUUGCAGCUGGAGUCCAUUGUUCAUUGUUUUCCUGCGAAAGAACCUUUUAUACUUGAGAUGCAAUAUUAUACCGCUAAGCUGCAUCCUGAUCGGAUGCGGCGGAUUGUUGUGGGGCUACUUGCACUGGACCUUUCAGCCAGCGAGGUACCAGUUGGAAGAGUUCGAAUCGAAGAAUGAACUGGCGCUUAAACAAUUGUAUUUCCCAGCCAACGACGAAGACUACAUAUACUAUGCCCCCAAAACACAGGAUGUGGAGACGUUGUUGGACCUGGUGCGGCAGGACCUGGGGAUUGCCCAGGAACAUUACCGAGCAUAUGGCAACAGUGAGGAUAUGCAAAUGGAACUGGAGCUACAGUGCCGGGGUAGCUGCUUUGCGAUUAACUUUAACAAUUUGCCCAGUCCCGGCUCCGUUGGUGGAAACUUCAGUUACAGCCUAAGUGCGAGUCAUAUGCGUUUGUCGCCCAAGAAGCGCUUCGUAAACGAUGUGGAGAUCAAUCACCAAAAAGAUGAUGACGAUUAUAUACGGGCUGGUUUCUUGACCUUGCAAAAUAUACUGGACAAACAAUACUUUAAAUAUCAGAAUUUGGCAACCAAUUAUGAGGUUUGGGUGAGCUCUAUGCCCAACCUGGAGGUUGUUAGCAUGGACAGCCAUCGACUAAUCUACUUUGGUACUCUGUGCAGCAUCAUCUUUAGUGUGGUUCUGCUGAGCACCUUUGUUGUGCCCUUUGUGGAGGAGAAACAGAACGGCCUAAAGGAGUUCCUCAACCUGGUUACGCCCAUGAGUUUCCUUAAUGGCCUAACCUUUUUCCUCAUUCGUUUUGUUUUCUACGCCACAUUUUUGCUGAUUGUUUUGAUUUUGGCGUAUUUUUACCAGGCGCUCAAUCAGAUCUGUUUUGCGUAUGUAGCCAUACUUUAUUUGCUGUACAUAUUGGCUACCAUGUCGUAUGCAUACCUCAUAUCUGUUUGCUUUCAUUCAGUCUUUUACGCGAAAAUUGGAGGCCUAGUCCUGCUGAUCAUUCCAUAUGUCUUUAGUUUUGUUCAAAGUUGGGCCUCCUCGGUGGCCUACGUCAUGUUCAGCACGAAUGCGUUUCUUGAAGGAUUGGAUGUGUUCCAGACGUUCUCCAACAAACAUCGCCAAUUUGCUGGGGCGGAGCUAUUCCGUGAAAUAAAAUAUGGAUCGAGUCGCAUGUUUUGGAUUUAUUGCGUUCUUAUUUUCCAAUCUAUAAUGUAUGCCGUGCUCUACAACUAUCUUGGUUGUGUGUUUCCUGGACCUGGAGGACUAAAGCGUCCAUUUUUCUUUUUCUUAGAUCCUAAGACAUACCAAAAACGACAACGCAAUGAGUAUACUACCGCUCCUCGGGGGGCCCAGGCUAUCAUAAUCACCGAGUUGUGCAAAAAGUUCAGAACUGGAAACCGCGAAACAAUUAUUUCGGAUAACUUGAACAUGACAAUCAACAACAAGGAGAUUACUGUUCUGCUCGGGCACAAUGGCGCUGGCAAAACCACGAUGAUGAACAUGAUAAUGGGACUGGUGCCGAAGGACUCGGGAAAAAUAAUCGUGUGCAGUGAACGGGAUGUGGCUUCUUAUCGCCACCUUAUUGGCUUCUGUCCGCAGCAUAGUGUGUUCAUGAGUUACAUGACCUGUCACCAGCACCUCGAGUUCUUUGCCCAACUUCGCGGAGCAAGUCGCCGAGAGGCCAGCGAAUGGGCAGAUACCAAGCUAAUCAAACUCGGCUUGGGCGGUAAACGAGACGAGUUUGGUCGAAAUUUGUCGGGGGGCAUGAAGCGACGCUUAUCGCUGGGAAUAGCCAUCGCCGGAAACACAAAAAUUGUUAUUCUUGAUGAACCGUCAUCCGGUCUUGAUAUUAACUCGCGGCGCGAUCUGUGGGACAUCCUGCUUCUUCUGCGCAAGGAGAAGGCCAUUUUGGUGACAACGCACUACAUGGAAGAGGCCGAGGUUCUGGGAGAUACCAUCUGCAUCCUGGCCAACGGUAGGCUACAGUGCUCUGGCGCGCCCUUGGAGCUAAAGCGCAGAUCAGAUAUCGGUUACCGUUUGAAACUCGAAGUAAACGACUUUACGUUCCGCGAAAACGAAAUUAUGCAGUUGAUCCACUCCUACGUACCAACUGCUCGAGUGCUGAAUGUGGUGAAGCCAACUGUGUAUGUAUGUUUGCCGUAUGCCUAUAAGAGUACCUUCCAUGAGAUGUUACACAAGCUGGAAAUGAAAGCCACUUCUUUGGGCAUAAGCACCAUCUCUAUGACAGACACCUCCUUGGAAGAUGUUUUCUUAAAAUGUGCUGGGGAACAGGAUCAGGUGGACACGCCGGAUGGCUCUAGGACCGAUGCCCCUUUGUUGUCUGCACCCUACAAGCGCCUACCCAGUCAGCAUAUAGCGCCUAGCUUGUGGCAACUUUGGCUGGCAGUAUUUUACAAAAAGUGGACUUUCCUCAGAAAUGAAUGGCUGUACUCGUUGAUAAUGUUGAGCAUUCCGGUGGUUUGCGAUCUAGGCGCUCUGUUUACCAUGCACGCCAUGUCUGUGGUGGAGUACGAAGAGUCGCUGCCGCUGAAGCUCAGCCAGAUGCAGAGCGGUAUCGUCUAUAUUCAUAAUCCGAAACUGUACUAUCCCGAUGUGGAGCAGCAAAUACGCCGACAGAUCGAGCUAAAUGGAUUGAUGGCGAAAACAAUGGAGACACGGGGAAACAACGAUGUGAAAAACGAGAGUCUUGAUUUGCAACGUGAGAACCUCGCGGAUUUCCUGCAAAAUGUAGUGGGCAUCAUAGACAUGGACCGCAGUACCGAGGACAGCCCGGCGUUAGAGAUUUUCUUUUCUGGAAAUCGCUAUCACAGCUCCGUGGAUCUUCUUAAUCUGGUGGACUCCAGCAUGCUGAAACUCAGCCGUCCAGAGUCCGACAUCGAUACAACUUACGUGCCAAUUCGACGAUUCGUCAGCGAAGUGAGUCCCACUCGGCUGGAAUAUUACGCAGUGAUCGUAUCGGUGGGCAUGUUUUUCUUCAUGUUCUAUUUCAUCUCCCUGCCUUUCCGCGAGUACGCUAAUGGAUUUCGCCAGCUCCAGACAAUGUCGCGCUUCACGUUCUGGUUUUCCACAUUUGCCUUCGACGUGUUGGUCCUGACAUUUGUUUGUUCUAUUCUAAUGCUUCUGCAGCAACUGUUGAUGCCACCGGAGCUUUACUCGACGCCGGAGUUGCGAGUGAUCGUGAUGAGUAUCUUCUUCUAUGGCUGUAGUUACCUACCGAUUCUGUACUCGUUGGGGAAUAACUUUAAAUCUAUUUCGACGAUAUCCACCUACCUACUCCUUAUGCUGAUUGUGUCAGCGAUAGUUCCGCUGAUCACGUCCAGCAAUGCAGCCGCCAUGAAACUGCACGAGACCAAGAUUGCUUUCCUGUGUUUCCUGCCGGACUUUAAUUUGAACCACCAGUUGCGCAUCAUCAAUGAGAACUUUAUUACCCGUCGACGGGCCGGACUGGCUCAGCCCCUAAUCUCUGAAGACCUCUUCUUUGUGUAUGCUGUAGUUGUAUGUGUCCUGGUUAUGGCGCUAUUUACAAUUGUGCUAGAACACAAGUAUCUCCGCCGUUCUCUCACUCAGCAUCUGACGAGUUGGCGAACCGGUUGCCUGUACAACGCAAAUAAAAACAAACGCACCAGCAUCAGUCCCAGUACUCCACCUACGGAAAUGGACGAUUGUGCUAGGGAGGAGGAGCGUGUAAAGGUCCUCAUGAAGGAGUCAACGCAGGACUACCCGCUGAUUGUAAGCAAUCUGCGAAAAAGCUACAACCAAGUAUUGGCAGUGAAUGGAUUGAGUUUUGCGACGAACCGGGGAGAGUGCUUUGGUCUGCUUGGCGUGAAUGGAGCUGGAAAAACAAGUACAUUCCAAAUGAUCGCCGCCAAUCUGGCCAUUGACGACGGCAGCAUUCGCAUCGAUGGCAUCGAUAUUCUAAAGGAUGAAGUGGGAUACCGACAACGCUUCGGAUACUGUCCCCAAUAUGAUGCCCUGAACAAGUUUAUGACAGCCGAGCAGUGUCUCCACUACAUGGCUCUGCUUAGGGGCUUGAGUAGUGCCAGCGAGGGUCCAAACAGCGCAACAGAGAACGUAAAGUUCUGGCUGGAGAAAAUGCAUCUAACCAAGUACCAGCAAGUGCAGGUGCGCCACUACUCGGGCGGAACGAAGCGCAAGCUGCUGGCUGCCAUGGCGAUGAUCGGGGCACCGACACUAGUGCUGCUCGACGAACCUACCACUGGCGUGGAUCCAAUAUCCAGACGGUUCUUGUGGCAGUGCAUUAAGGACUUCCAGAACCAAGAGCGAACCGUGGUACUCACAUCGCAUAGCAUGGACGAGUGCGAGGAGCUGUGCAACCGCCUGGCUAUUAUGGCUCAUGGAAAGUUCAAGUGCUUAAACAACAUAUGCGCCUUAAAGCGAUUAAGUGGGUUCACCAUUAAACUGAAAAUGCGGGAGGACACUGAAACGGACGAGAAUGUGAAUAUAAUAACGAGCACACUGAACAAUCAGUUCGAGGGCCUGGAAUUGCGAGAGGAUCAUGCAGGGACUCUCACUUACUUUGUGGGUACUCAGGAGAGUAUAGUCCUGUGGUCGCAUGUGUUCAAGAUAACCGAAGAUAACCUAACCGACCGGUUGGGCCAUAUCGUAGCAGAUUAUUCAGUCAACGAGUGCACGCUCGAGGAUAUUUUUCUAAAAUUCGAGAAACAAUCCAAAUCGCAAUCAACUUCAAAUCAAUCAUCGGUUCAACAAAAUCUAGACGGCCCCAAUUUCGUAUGAGAUUGCAUGGCGGGAUUGCAUAUCGAAAAGACUGAGCCCAAGAUUGCUGUCGGAGAAGACUUUCCCGGCAUCCUCACAUCUCCCCUGUAAAAAUUCCAUCGAGCAUAUUUUUUGGACAGUAUAUACAUGAACUACGAAUCUCCUAACCAUUACGAGAAUCAGUUAUUCUUACGACGGCGAGCACUUGGGCUCAGAAAUAUCGGCAUGAUUUUCUACUUAAUUUAUAAAUUUAGAGACUAAUAUCAAAGACAUUGUCGGCAUAUAUUGUGAAAAGAACCUAUUUAUUAAUUAUUUCCUAAUUUCUAGAAAUAGCUUACAUUAUAAAUAAAUGUAAACAGAAUGUUUCUUUCAAAA